UUUAGCAAUCCCGUUGUUUACAACUCAGAUCUGCAUCUCAUGCGGAACAAACACUCACACCAGGAGUCUAUGUACUCAGGCCAAUCAGCAUCGUUGUCAGAUCUACACAUGCGCAGACGGCGCAGAAGCUGCUUCCUGAAUCAGGGUUAGCUUUCUGCUCGCUGCGGCUCCCUGUAGCAUUUAGAUGUGAGCCGAGGGGCAGAAAGUCAGGCUUUAUAUGAGAAGUGAACAAAGAGGAAGAAUUUAAACGACAGCUCAACUCGGAAACAUGGAUUACUGGAGUGCCUUGGAGGUGUAUAAGGAGAUGUUGCUGCUGUACCUGGAGGAAGGCCGGCGGCAGCUCAACUCCCGCUGCUCCCACCUGGAGCCGUGGCAAAUCAUCGGAGCAUCUGUUCUCACCACGCUGGCGGUUCUCUGGCUCAAACGAUUCCUCUUCCAGCGAGAAAGUCUCACUUCCAGAAUCAAGAAGCAAGUCUUUCAACUCAUCAGAAAAAUACCCUUUGUUGGUGACAAUAUUCAGAAGCAGCUGAACAAGGCUCUGGACGACAUGUCCCACAGUCUGUGUACGCUGAAGGAGGGCAUGAGCUACACUCAGCAGCUGCCCACUAAGGGGCUAACUCAGAGCCAAGUCAUGGAAAAAAUCAAAGAGUAUCAAACGCUGAACGAGGUUCAGUGGGACAAAGGGUGUGUUUCCGGUGCCGUGUACUGGGGGGAUGAAACCCUGACCAAACUCCUGGUGAAGGUUUAUGGAGAUUUUGCGUGGAGCAACCCUCUCCACCCAGACAUCUUUCCUGGCGUCAGGAAGAUGGAAGCUGAGGUUGUCCGAAUGUCCUGCUCCCUGUUCAACGGUGGACCCAACUCCUGUGGAACUGUCACUUCUGGAGGAACGGAGAGCAUCCUGAUGGCCUGCAAAGCGUACAGAGACAUGGCUUGUGAGCGAGGCGUGACGUUCCCUGAAAUUCUUGCUCCAGUGAGCGUCCACGCAGCGUUCGACAAAGCAGCACAUUACUUUGGGAUGAAACUUGUCCACAUUCCUCUUGACCAGAAGACCAUGAAGGUUGACGUUAAGGCGAUGAGGAGAGCCAUCAGCAAAAACACAGCCAUGCUUGUCUGCUCGGCGCCCCAGUUCCCACAUGGAAUCAUGGAUCCGGUUGAAGAAGUAGCCAAGCUGGCGGUGCGCUAUGACAUCCCACUGCAUGUGGAUGCCUGUUUGGGCGGGUUCCUCAUUGUUUUCAUGCAAAAAGCUGGUUACUCACUCACCCCGUUUGACUUCAGAGUGAAGGGAGUUACCAGCAUCUCUGCAGACACCCACAAGUACGGCUACGCGCCCAAAGGCUCCUCUGUGAUCCUCUACAGCGAUAAAAAGUACCGUCAGUACCAGUACUUCGUGGCUCCAGACUGGCAGGGGGGGAUCUACGCCUCGCCGUCUGUGGCGGGCUCCAGGCCCGGAGGAAUCAUCGCCGCCUGCUGGGCCACCAUGAUGUACAUGGGAGAGAGCGGCUACGUGGAGGCCACCAAGAAGAUCAUCGGCACGGCGCGCAAGAUCAGAAACGAGAUUAGAAAAAUAAAGGGAGUAUUUGUGUUCGGGAACCCGGAGGUGUCCGUGGUGGCCAUCGGCUCCGAGGACUUCGACAUCUUCCGCCUUUCGAAUGCGCUGACGUCAAAGGGCUGGAACCUGAACACGCUGCAGUUUCCGUCCAGCAUCCACCUCUGCUGCACGGUGCUGCACACCCAUCCUGGCGUCGCUGAUCGGUUCAUUCGGGAAGUUAAAGAGCAGGUCGCCAUCAUCAUGAAGAACCCCAGUGAGAAAACCACAGGAAUGGGGGCGAUCUACGGCAUGGCCCAGUCCAUCCCGGACCGGUCCCUGGUGACGGAGAUCUCCAGAGGGUUCCUGGACUGCCUCUACAGCACCGAGGUACCGAAAUCCAAUGUCAGCCACAUGAACGGCAACGGCAAAGCCCACUAAAGUUUAACUCUCCACGUCCUUGAACCCGAUUUCAAGGUCAAUGCGCUCCUUGUUAAAUCGCUCAACGGUUGCCUUAUUUAAAACUGCACUGAGAACGUCUGCAGAGAGAGAGAAGAAGCCAUCAUCGCUAAGCUGAACCCAGAGGGAAACUGGACUUUCCUGGGUCCACCAGAACCUUUAACUUGAUUUUAACAAUGCCAUCGGACUGUGUGUGUGUGUGUGUGUGUGUGUGUGUGUGUUAUUUUAUCUUCCAUUCAUUUCAGUGACAGUUUUCAUUUGUUAAUCUUGACAUGUUCUACUGGUGCAUCUCAAGAAAUCAAAAAAACAUCAUAAAAUUAAUCUGUUGAUUUCAAUGUUUAUUUCUGAUCAUUUCUGUGAUUAUUCAUUCAAUCUAAUGAAAAUCUAAAAGCCUUCUUCUCUCAAGAUUAGAAUAUUACAUUCUAGGAAACUACUGCAUCAAUGCAGCAUGGCAUGGAGGGGAUCAGGAAGUAGCAGUCCUGAGGAAGCCCACAGUUUUUUCUUCCAGUUAACUUUCCAUUAACUUUGCUUGUAUGCAGCCCUGCUGAUAUUUUGAUGUUAUUGGACUUGUAGAGUAAUUUCUAAGAGACUUUUAUCUUUGGUUUUCAUUAGAUUUCUGCUAUAAUCAUCAAUAUAAACACGUUAACAGUGGAAAUGGUGGAAAUUUCAGAAGUUUUUGAUAUUUUGAGAUGCACCUGUGUUUAAACUAUAACGAAACAAUUCAGUUUUUCUUCUGUUUUCAUUGUUUUUAUUUUUGUCUGAACAUUUCGGCUUCUUUCAGCAACACUUCAAACCACUGUUAGAGCUGCUGUGCUGCCCUCUAGCGUGAAAACGUUAGAACUGCAGCAAUAUUUCUGCCUCAACAUGCAGCAUGUAUUUCAUUUGGUCUUGUCGGUGCAAAGAGCUCUGCAGUCCGGCGGCCUUUCAAAUCCACCAAAAAA